AUGGCGAACGAGGAACCCCCCGCAAAGCAGCCCCGCUUGGACCCGGAGGCAGCAAACGUCAUUAUACAAUUUCAUACAUCUGAUGGGGAAACCACAGGGCCCCAGCUGGACGUGCCGCAGGGCGUCACGACGGCGCAGCUGGAGACGUUGCUGAACGGCCUGCUGCAGAAUGAUGAGAAGAUGCCAUACUCUUUUUAUCUGGACGAUCAGGAGCUGAGCGGGGAGCUGGGCGCCCACCUCUUGAAGGCUGGCGCGUCGGUGGAGCGGGCGCUGCGCAUCACAUACCUCCCCCAGGCGGUCUUCCGGGUGCGCCCCGUUGCGCGGUGCACCGCCAGCAUGCCGGGCCACUCCGAGGCGGUGCUGGCGGUGCACUUCAGCCCGGAUGGGCGGCGGCUGGCCAGCGGCAGCGGGGACACGACGGUGCGGCUGUGGGACCUCAACACGCAGCUGCCGCAGUGCGAGUGCAAGGGUCACAGAAACUGGGUGCUCGUGGUGGCGUGGUCGCCCGACGCCCAGAUGAUUGCCAGCGGCGACAUGGACGGGUCGAUCCUGCUGUGGGACCCCAAGGACGGGAAGCUGCUGGGCAGCUGCAGCGGCCACAAGAAGUGGAUCACAUCCUUGGCAUGGGAGCCGGCGCACAAGGCGCUGCCCAGCCGGCGGUUUGUGAGCGGCAGCAAGGACAUGACCGUGCGGGUGUGGGACGCCGCGACGCGGCGGUGCCUCUUCACGAUGAGCAGCCACACCAUGGUUAUCACAGCCGUCAAGUGGGGCGGCGAGGGGCUCAUCUACUCCGCGAGCCGCGACACCACCAUCAACUGCUGGGAUGCAGCUGACGGGAAGCUGGUCCGCUGCCUCAAGGGGCACGGCCACUGGGUCAACACCCUGGCCCUCAGCAGCGAGUACGCCCUCAGGACUGGGCCCUUUGACCACAAGGGGGCAGCGCCUGAUGACCCCGAGGAGGCCAAGGCGGCGGCGCAGAAGCGGUACGAUGAGGCGACGGGUGGCCGCCCCGAGCGCCUCGUCAGCGGCAGCGACGACUUCACGAUGUUUCUCUGGCAGCCGUCGGCGGGCAAGGCGCACCUUGCGCGGCUGACGGGGCACGUGCAGCUGAUCAACCAGGUGACAUUCUCCCCAGAUGGCCGCUGGGUGAUCAGCGCCAGCUUCGACAAGAGCAUCAAGCUGUGGGACGGCGCAAAGGGGACCUUCCUAGCCACGUUCCGUGGCCACGUGGGGCCGGUCUAUCAGGUCGCGUGGUCGAGCGACAGCCGGCUCUUUGUCAGCGGCAGCAAAGACAGCACCCUCAAGGUGUGGGACGUGCGCACAAAGAAGCUGCUGGUGGACCUGCCUGGCCACGCGGACGAGGUGUUUACGGUCGACUGGAGCCCGACAGCCGGCGGCGUGGCGUCGGGCGGCAAGGACAGGGUGCUCAAGCUCUGGCGACACUGA